AUGGCUAAGGACAACAAGAAGUCUAGAAUAGGGAGUUAUGAAUACUCUCAUCAAAGGUCGGGUAGUGGAAAUCACUCACUAUUUCAGCAAAGGUCUACAACCACAUCGCCUUCAUUAGCUAGCGCUCCGUCCCCCAUGUUUCAACAGGAUCAGAAAGGUAGGGCAUCAGGCUCUAAGUCACAAGGGAGUGCUUCAGGUAACCGGACUUUUCCAACUUUUCCAAAGUGUGGUAAUAGGGUUCAGUCUACUACUUCAGCAGCGCUAGCAAGUUACCCCAUUCAGCAGGGUGCCUCGUCUGGUACAAAUGGUGGUCAGCGCCAGAACAGGUUGUAUGCUCUCCAGGCUUGCCAGGAACAGAAAGAUUCCCCUGAUGUAGUCACUGUAAACUUUGGUGUCAGUCCAAACACUCUCUCAGAACCCUUCUCAAUCCCUACUCUAGUUGGUGACCUAAUUAUAGCUAAACGGCAUGACGUUUCGACGAAUACUAUGAAUGCAACUUGUAGAGCUUAUCAUAGUACAAACAAAGACAUUCUAGAAAAAGCAUUUGAAUUGGGAAAAAGAGGGUCAACUGUAGUUACUGCAAUGCUGAUAAAUAGUCAAACACUUAUAAUAGCAAAUGUGGGAGAUUCUCAAGCUGUUAUAUCCAAGAAAGGUGUUGCCGAGCAGCUAUCAGUUGAUCAUGAGCCAAACAGGGAAAGGGAGAUAAUUGAAAGCCAAGGCGGAUUUGUUUCAAACAUUCCAGGUGAUGUACCUCGUGUUGAUGGACAACUUGCCAUUGCUAGGGUAUUUGGAGACAAGUGCUUGAAGAGAGACCUUAGUUCAGAUCCAAAUGUGGCAAUUGAGCUGAUAGAUAACGACGUAGAUCUCAUCAUUUUGGCAAGCGAUGGUCUGUGGAAGGUAAUGUCCAACCAAGAGGCAGUGAACUGCAUUAAGAACAUGAAAGAGGUGAAAGCAGCAGCUAAACAUUUAUCAGAAGUGGCGAUUUCGUGGAAAAGCAAGGAUGAUAUUUCCUGCAUAGUUGUUAAGUUCUAGUAAAAGUAAGUCCUUUUCUAAGUAAAGAUUGGGCUGUACAAAUUAUUUUUGAAAUGAA